UAAUUGGCGUUUUUUCCAUUUUCAAACUAAAUCAGUGCCUGGUAGAUGACGAGUAGGAGCCCUGUCCGCUCUUAGUUUUCCCAAAACCCGGAUUUUAACCAAAAAUGAAAGGGCCAACGCAUCCUGAUGGAGGCUACGGCUGGGUGGUGGUCUUCGCCAGCGCGCUAACCAACUUCAUCACCCUCUCUCUAAUCCAAUGUUUCGGCCUCGUCCUCAAAGACACGUUCGCCGAAUUAAACCUGUCGGCAACUCAAGGCUCGCUCAUCAUUAACUUGAACGGAGCUUUCGGUCUUCUGACCGGACCAGUGACUGGAGUUUUACAGAAACUGUUCGGUUGCCGAAGAAUCGCGUUUUUUGGGGGGCUUUUACUCACGUUCGGAAUGGUUCUGACGUCUUUCUCCCGAAGUUUCGGGUCUCUGGUCGUCACUUACGGACUCGUAACUUCACUUGGGAUGCAAAUGUGCGAAUCGAGCCAAAGGCUGGCGAUUAAUCAGUAUUUCAAAAAGAAGAGGAGUUUAGUGACGGGGUUUAUAAUGACAGCGGCUGGAUUUGGACCGAUUUUGAUCCCGCAGCUGAUCCGAGUUUUGCUGAAAAAUUACUCGACGAAUGAGGUGACGCUGAUUUAUGGCGGGUUGUGUGCGCAUAUUCUCAUAGCGGGGGCCCUUUUGCAACCAAUCGAGUGGCACUCGAAGGAACAAGGGACGAAAACGGAAAAAAUCGAGCUCAAGGAACGGAACGAAAUUAUCAUUUCCGAGGAGAAGUUCCUAAGCAAAAUUGUGGACAAUCUGGCGAAGAUUUUCGAUUUGGAUUUGCUCAAAGACCCGGUGUUUAAUAACAUUAUUAUAGGCCUGGCUUUGGCCACGUUUGCCGAAAUCAAUUUCACUCUCCUUGUCCCGUUUAUUCUAAAUGACUUCAAAUUAACCACGGAUCAAAUCGCGAUUUUUCUCUCGACUUUAGGGAUUUCCGACAUGAUCUCGCGUUUCCUGGGCCCCUAUGUUGGUAAUUAUUUUACCAAACCUUCAAGGCUCAUGUUUGUCUAUUCUCUUGUAAUCCUAGUUAUAAUUAAAUUUACAAUACUAUGCUCCAAAAACUUCAUUUUCCUCCUUGUUAUUGCUUUUACUUUGGGUAUAGCCAAAGGAAUUCGAAAGGUUUACAUGUGGUUGGUAAUUCCCGACUAUGUCCCACUGGAAAAACUACCAUCGGCCGCUGGGCUUGACAUGUUGGCACGUGGGUGCUGCAUUUUGAUUGGGGGGCCGAUUUUAGGGGCGUUACGUGACGCUACUGGUAGUUACGUAAUAUGCAUUAUUGUAAUGAAUUGUGUUACGAUAACUACGAUAUUAUUGUGGUUAAUAGAAGCCAUUUUAACGAAAUAUACAAAAAUUAAAAUUUUACAUAGAAACACUUAACGAAACAACAUAAAUAAAAUGUUUAUCUGUGCA